AUGGCCAUUAAGACUGAUAUGUCUAAGGCUUAUGAUAGAGUGGAGUGGAGCUUCCUCGAGAUUCUCUUGGAGAAAAUGGGUUUUGACAGAAUUUGGAUACAUUGGAUCAUGGGUUGUGUGAGCUCUGUUUCUUACUCGGUUCUUCUCAAUGGUAAUUCACACGGCUUCAUCAAACCGGAACGAGGCAUUAGGCAAGGAGACCCGCUCUCUCCCUUCCUAUUUAUCCUCUGCGCUGAAGCUUUAGUGAACUGCCUUAACCACUCAGAAGCGAAUGGGAGAAUCAAUGGUAUUAGAUUGGCGGCUACGGGCCCUUCAGUUCAUCAUCUCCUAUUCGCUGAUGAUAGCCUACUGAUGUGUAGAGCUAGUGUGGAGGAUGCUCUGGAAAUCUCACGCUGCCUUAAAUUAUAUGGUGAUGCAUCGGGUCAGAUGAUAAAUCAGCAGAAAUCCUCUAUUAUCUUUGGAUCUAAUGUCCCUGAGGAAAUCAAAAUGGAGGUCAAAGUAGCUCUUGGAAUCGAUACGGAAGGAGGAGAGGGUUCCUACCUUGGCUUACCUGAAUGUUUCAGUGGUUCCAAGAGGAAGUUACUUAGCUUUCUCCGCGAAAAGCUUCAUGGCCGGCUGAACGGUUGGUUCUCAAAGGCACUAUCUCAAGGUGGCAAAGAGAUAUUACUAAAAUCCAUUUGUCUGGCUCUGCCGAUCUACGCUAUGACAUGUUUCAAGCUUCCUAAAGAUACAUGUGAAAGAAUGACCAGUGCUAUGAUUCAGUUUUGGUGGAGCAGUGGCAAUAAUAAGAGCAAAAUUGCUUGGGUUGCUUGGCAGAAACUAUGCAAGUCUAAAGAGGUUGGUGGACUUGGUUUUCAUGAUCUCGAGAAGUUUAACCAAGCCCUGUUAGGCAAGCAGGCUUGGCGUCUCUGGAGCUCUCCUAACUCUCUACUGGCGCAAAUACUCAAACAUCGUUACCAUAAGAACUGUAACUUCCUUGAUAGUUCUGUUGGUACGAGACCCUCAUACGCUUGGAGGAGUAUCCUUCAUGGGAGAGAGCUUCUUGCGAAAGGUCUGUUGCGGUCUAUUGGCAGUGGUGAGAACACUCUUGUGUGGCAAGAAAAUUGGCUGCUUGAUGAUCUACCUCGAGUUCCCAACUACAGACAAGAAGCUCCGGUGGAUCUCACGUUGAAGGUUUCUGAUCUUAUCGAUGUUCAUUCUGGCCAAUGGAUAGUGCCACGUGUUAGAGAGACGUUUAGUCCUGAUGAUGUGCGACUUGUCCUCAACACCAAGAUCAACCCCUCACGUCACGAUAAUACGAUCUGGUGCUUCACAAAAAGUGGACAAUAUUCGUCGAAGAGCGGCUACAAACUCCUCGCGGACUUACAGGAGAUGAACUCUCCUUUCCCAGCCUUGCCCCCCAUUGAAAAACAGCUCUGGUCUGAUCUAUGGAGAACAAAAACAUCCCCUAAACUCAGACAUUUUCUGUGGCGCGCUCUAUCUGGAGCUUUGGCGGUGAAGGAAAGAUUACGUACUAGAGGCAUCCACCUUGACACUACAUGUGUAUCUUGUGGGUCAGCGUCAGAAUCUAUUUGUCAUGUUCUAUUCCAGUGUAGGUAUGCGCAGGAAGUAUGGUCUCUAUCCGGUAUUCCUCCUCCUACUGCUGGCUACUCUCAGACAUCGAUGUUCUUAAACCUUUUCCAUCUCUUGAAGUGUAGCAGAAACCCGUCCCUCUCCUUGGGUGUGCGUCUCGCGUUUCCAUGGGUCCUAUGGCAUAUAUGGAAAGCUAGAAAUGGCUUUAUCUUUGAGCAUGUGAGAAUGGAGCCUUCCCUGGUUCUAUCUCGAGCUAUGGAAGAAGCGGGUAUGUGGCUUACUGUUAACUCAUGUGUUGAGUCGACUGCAACCCCUGCUGUGGCACCUACAAUUGAGACACCUAAGAGAACCUGGUCCAAACCUCCCCAAGGUUUGCUUAAGUGCAAUGUUGGAACCUCUUGGCAACCCAGCAAUCUUGGUAGUGGUGCGUCUUGGAUUGUCAGAGAUGAGAUAGGUAAUCCUGUGAUACAUAGCAGAAGAGCUUUCUCUGGUGUUCUUUCUGAGUUGGAAGCUUCGCUUCGCUCUCUUGCGUGGUCGAUCAUGGCGCUUUCUGAUCUCCACCUUGACAAAGUGAUCAUUGAGUUCUCAUGUGUUAUGAUGGCGGAAGCCCUGCUAAACCCUACUAAGUUUCCUGAGGUCCAGUACUUAACUCAAGAAACUUUGCAAUCUCUCCAUCGUUUCUCAACCUAUACCUUGAAUCAUGUUGAACCGGAGAAGAACAGAGUGGCUAAACUCAUUGCAGUGAGUGUCACCAAGGAUCAACGAUAUCAAUCGUAUGUGGCUCAAGGAGGCCCUGCUUGGUUGGCUCACACCAUUCAAAGAGAGGCCCUGCCUCAUGAUCUAUAG